UGGCACGCUUCUUCCAUCUUCCUAGCCGGGGAAAUCUCGUGACUACCUCAGGUUACAUUGCUCGUGAAACCGGCAAGUAGGGGGUUUCCUCUCUGAUGUAAUCGCAAUGGAGCCGGACUAAAUUUUGCGAAUAUUUUCUAUAUAAGUAUAUACCACAUUCAUUGCUCUUAUUUUGACGGAUUUGCCUUUUGCAGUACAAACGUAAUGUGGAGGAUCCAUGGCUUAGUUGGGAGAGUCUUGAACCGCUGCCACGUGAGCACCCCACUGCGGCUCUCACAGGGCCACCACGUGGAAGAUGACGUGCUCAACUCCUCUUCGCUGCUGUCCUCCGGCCUCCAUCCCUUUGAUAGCAGCUCGCAAAGAGGAGAGAAUGGAGACAGGCAGCGGAAUGAAAGGACUUUCCACUAUUAUUCUGCCAGACUCCCACGUUACACAGCUCUGGAUGCCGUAGGCUGGGGUGCGGCCACAGUGCUCUUUCUGCAGGUCUUCAGACGAAUUCACUCCCAGUUCUCCAGCCCCAGUGACAAAGGCCAGUACAGAGAGCCUCUGCAGGUUCAUAGAUGCAGCUACAGGGCUCUUCUUGAGAUCUUGUCCUGUCAUAAUGCCCUGCCUAGAAGCAUAAAUGCCAGGUGUUUGAGAAGUUUAGAGACUGGCAGCUCUGAGGAUUCUACAGCAGAUUUAUCUUCUUCUGCUUCUCUCAACCAAGACACUUCUGUUACAGAAGACGGGUUGUCUGCUGUAAUUGCAGAUUCUGAAGAUGCUGAAGCCUUUGAAAAUCUUACAGAAAAUAAUUCUCUUCCCCCUGAGGAAGGAUUAACUGGUGCAGCAAACAACUUCAAGUCUGUCACAGAAUCUAAUGUUCCCAUCAUUCUAAACAUAAUUGGUCUGGAGAAUGCAAAGAGAGGAGACUACUGCACAGCUUUUUCAUGUUUCCUGGCUGCUGCAAAACAUAACUAUAGCAAAGCACAUUUCAAUGUGGCAGUCUGCUAUGAAAAAGGAAGAGGAGUCGCAAAGGAUAUGGAAAAGGCAGCUGUAUACUACCGCCAGGCUGCUGCUGCUGGACAUAGCCAGGCACAGUUCCGAUAUGCAAAGUAUCUCCUGCACAGUAAAGAGCAACAAGAUCCCCAGGAUUCCAGCAGAGCUAUUGCAAUGCUGGAGAAGGCAGCCGCAUCUGGAGUGAGAGAGGCUCAGGCAUACCUGGGAGUGCUUUUCUCUCAGGAGCCCCAGAGAAAUGGGAAGAAAGCUGUUCAUUAUCUGCAAAUGGCAGCAAAGAAUGGGGAUGCCCAGAGUCAGUUCAAUUUGGGCCAGUGCUACGAGAUGGGCUUUGGUGUCCAGCGGUGCUACAUGACUGCACUAGAUCAUUACCAGCAGGCUGCUGCUGCAGGGAGUGAGCAGGCUUGCUGCAUGCUAAGAGCCCUCUGGGGCCAGGGUGAAGGAGGCAGAGGGCUUUCCGAGGAUGUAAUGCUGAGAUCGGUCAGUUCCUCUCCUUGCUUUUCUGGGGCAGAGACCUUUUCGCAAAGACGAGACCAUGCCAGUAAAACCAAAGACCCCUGUGGUCCAAAUCGCAUCUCCCGGACUCUUCCUCAUUCAUGGAGCACUGACAGUAUUCACACAUUACCGAUGAUAAAUGUAACCUCCAGUGUUCUUGCUGAGCUUUCUGAAAUGGAUGAGGCGCUAAAAAGCUGUCGACUAUCUAAGCCGAGACACUGUAGCUGGACAAUCGGAGUUGGGUAGAUUUGCCUUAUUUGCAUUAUUAUAUGCUCUCUAACAUGUCAAUCUCUAAAAGGUCUACUAAUUAUAAAUUGGGUGAUUCCAGAAUACUGCCCCUGAAGCCUUAUGAUAAAUACAGUAAGAGAACUGCUAAACAAUGUAGACUGUUUCUACUGUGUGUAAAUUGUUUAAAAACAUUUUGCAGCUGUUUCUUGCAUUUGAAAACGGUGUAAACGAACUUUGAGUGCACAGUUAACUUAAACUGUGGAUUUAUUGGAUUAUUUAUUUUAGACUUGAAUGGGCAAAGAUGCAAUUCUGCAGUAGACUUGUUUUGAACACUAUUCCAGAUUCUGUCGCUGGAAGAAAAAUGUGCCAAUAAAUGUUUACCUGUGAUUCAGAAAUGCCAUUUAUCUUUUAAUCUUCGGUAGUGUCAUAUAUUGUUUAAAGGACAGGUUUCCUCAGCUAUUGAGGCUGAACAAAAAGAAUUUUAAUUCUCAUUAGAUUGUGCCUUGUCAUUAGGAACUGUACAGUGUGUUACCUGUUAUUGAUGAAUCCAUACUGCCUUGAACUUUUUCUAUAGUUUUUCUAUAACUCAGACUAGCAUUAGGCUUAAUUGAAAUAUUUUCCCAGAAACAAAGAAAUUAAAAUAAAUGUGUACAUUAUCAUACAUCCAUAAGAAUAAUGAAAACUGUAAAAGUGUCCCAUACAGUAUUUUUGUUAAAAAAGAGGGAAAGGCACCUUCAGCUAACAUCAACAUUGCUUGAAAAGUGGAUUUUAAAAAAGAUGAAACUGAGCUUGGUUAUUCGCGGACAUCUCUCAGAUGUGCACGUGCAAGUUUUAAGACAAUGAAAAGGAUAAGCUUUUUUUCUUUUUUUCCUCCAUUUUCUUAAAUGGCCCCGAGCUGUAUUAGCAACUGUAUGCCAAAUUUGUUGCGUGUGAAAUUUUACUGUAUAUCCAACAAUUGUUGUAUUGAGACACAAACUGCAUUGGGGUUUCUGUAGUUUGCGUGGCUUUAUGGUUUUCAGAAAUCUUUGAGUUUUAAAAACUGAUAGGUUUGUAUAAUGUGCUCAGAGAAGUAAAAAUGUUACACUGUUGAAAAAAAGAAUUGAAGCACUUAGAUAAUUGUAUGAAAUGCAAUUUGCUGUUUUGUAAUGCAGUACAUGUGAAAGGAACUGAGCUAAAGUUUAAGUUAAAUGUUGUAAAUGUGUAUUGCUUUUGAAAUUCUGUAGCAAUGUAUCCUGUACAGAUGUAAGUAGUCAUCGAUGAAUAUUCUAAUCUAGAAUCGAUGAAUUGCCAGUGAAGCUUUUUACAAUAUAAUUGCCUAAUGGACUGUGCCGAAGCUGCAGUGCAAUGCAGGUAAAGCAACAAUAAACUAUUUUUUCUAA